AUGGCCAUGUUUCACCAAUUUGAUGCGGAAUCGAUACUUCAAGUUCCUUUAAGUAGACGGGUUGCUCAAGAUGGGUUGGUUUGGUCUUUUACAAAAAGAGGCAGAUAUACUGUCAGGUCUGGGUAUUUUGUGGCAAAACAAUUAAGGAAGGAUGAGUUAAAUGCUGGGGAGACUUCAGAGCACAGAGCACUUGGGUUCCUUUGGUCACAUCUGUGGAAAGCAGUUGUUCCAAGCAAGAUAAAGAUUUUUUCAUGGAGGGCUUGUCUUAAUAUUCUGCCCACACAAGAUAAUCUUAUUCGAAGAAGGGUGAUGGAGAAUGCACGUUGUUGUCUUUGUCAUCAAGAAACUGAAACGUUGGUCACAGGUCUUCUGGUGAAGCUUUCCAAGGAGGAAUGGAAUCUGUUCUGGAUUACUUGUUGGCUGAUAUGGCACCAGAGGAAUACAGUUAUUCAUGGAGGGGUUUUCCAGCAUCCCUCAAGAUCAGCCCAACGUGCAGUUGACUAUUUGAAGGAGUAUACGGCUGCACAAGACUCUUCGCAUGUGCCUAUCCCGAAUCUUGGUCCAGGACAGCAAACAUGGCAGCCUCCACCAGAAACGUUUUUCAAGCUGAACUUUGACAGUGCUUGUUUUGAUGAGGGUGAUGCAUCAGGUUAUGGGGCAGUGAUUAGGAAUGAAAAGGGUGACAUCAUGGCUGCUUUAGCAGUACGGGGAGGAGCUGUGCGUGACAGUGAGGAGGUGGAAGUGAUGGCGUGCCGUAAAGCGCUUGAGUUUGCCAUUGAUGUGGGCUUCACAGAGAUAGUACUGGAAGGCGAUAAUGCUUUGGUGAUGAAGAUGAUUACUCAGGCCCAACCAGAGCUAUCACAACUUGGCUUAAUCUACGAAGACAUCUGGUGUUUGGCUGCAGGUUUCAGGUCCAUCUCUUAUAAUUGUAUUAGGCGUAGUGCUAAUGGUGUUGCUCAUUCUUUGGCUAGGUUUGCUAGAUUACUUGACAAUGAAAUUGUUUGGCUGGAGGAGGAUCCUCCACCUGCUGUGGAUGCUUUGUAUUUGGAUUCUUCUUUUCUAAAUUAA